AUGUCAAUGUCUAUGUCAAAAAUAAACAACAGGAGCCAACGGCUGGAUUACUUCUACAAUGUCGUUCACAGCAUCAUUUUGUGUCAUCAGGUACAUUUGAAUUAAUCCUAAGUGGAUUGUAAUAAUAUAUAAUAUUUUGCAAUAUAUUCUUAUUAUUACUCCUUAGUUUCUAUUUCGUCUUCUAAAAUAUGUUUUAUAUUUACAAGCACUGCUUGAAAUGGUUUUAGGACUGUAAACAUAGACAACACUAUUAAGAUAGAUAGGUUAUCUACUUACCAUAGGUACAUUUAAAACCCAAUUUGCAAUAAAAAAAUUAAGAAAAAGUAGGUCACAGAUCAUGGGUAGAUAGCUGUUGUAAGUGGGAAAUUGGGAAAAUAAGAUAUUAUAAAGGUAAUGCAAGUAAUUCAGUAUUUAUAAUAUACUGUAUGCAAUGAUAAAUAACUGCAAACAAAAAAUAUUUUAGUAGUUUGACUUAAAACUUUUUGAUAAAUUAAAAUUGAACAUUUUAUUAUAAUUUUUAAAAACAUAAUAAAUGAUUGUUAUUUGUGUUUUUAUUAUAAAUAUGAACUUAAAACACUUAGAACAAAAAUGAUUACAUUACGCUCAAUACUUUGUUUUAUCAAUAAGUUUAAUUUUUGAUUAACUUUGUAUUUAUUAAAUCCUCGAGAAUUUUUAAAAAAAAACAAUUGUAUUACAUAAAAAAAAUAAACAGCAUUUAAUUUUUAAUCUGUAUGUAUAACUAAUUUAAUAAAUUUAACUCUUUUAUAUAAGUGUUUAAGUCAGUAAUAUUGUGUAUAUAAUAUUGUAGAAUCCAGUUACUGGUUUAUUUCCAGCGGGUCCUAAUAAUUCACAUGCUUGGAUUAGAGACAAUGUUUAUACUGUAUUGGCUGUCUGGGGUUUAUCAAUGGCAUGCAACAAAAUGGCAGAUAUGGAUGAAGAUCGAGCUAAAACUUAUGAACUGGAACAAGUAUAUUAUAUAAACAUUAAUACCUUAUAAUAUAAGUUUAAAGUAAAGUUUAAUUUCGUUUAGUAUUUUAAUUUUAACUAAAAUUGUUUUAAAUAAAAAUCAUAUUGGGUAAAUAUAAUUUUAAAAGUUGCAUAAAUUAUUAUUUUUUGUUAUUACAGAGUUGUGUAAAAUUGAUGCGUGGAUUAUUGAUGGCCAUGAUGCAACAAAAAGAUAAAGUUGAACAGUUUAAAAUUUCUCAAAAUCCACUCCAUUCUUUACAUGCAAAAUAUAGUUCAGAAACUGGACAAACUGUUGUUGGAGAUAAUGAAUGGGGACAUUUACAAAUAGAUGCUGUUUCGCUGUAUUUGCUCAUAUUAGCACAGAUGACGGCUUCAGGUAAUUUCUAAGGACUUUAUUUUGGAUAUUAUGUAUGUUAUAUUUUCUUAUUAUUCAGCUUCAGCUUUUAAAUACCAUUGAAUCCUCCGCUACUCCAUGUAAACUCCAGAAAAACUCUUCCCUGCUAAAUUAUUAUGUUUAUCAUUUAUGUAUGAUAUGUAUAUUAUUUGUAUUUAUUAUAUUUAAGGUCUUCAAAUUGUUUUCAACUUGGAUGAAGUUUCUUUUAUUCAAAAUUUAGUAUUUUACAUAGAAUCUGCUUAUUGUAUACCUGUAGGUUUUAUUUAAUUUUAUCAAAAAUAAUUUGAAUUAUUAAUUUGCGUUUUUAAUUAGGAUUAUGGUAUUUGGGAAAGAGGUGAUAAAUCAAAUCAUGGGCUUCCUGAAUUAAAUGCAAGUAGUAUUGGAAUAGCAAAAGCAGCAUUAGAAGCAAUGAAUGAUUUAGAUUUAUUUGGGGCAAGAGGUGGCCCAUCAUCAGUUAUACAUAUAUUAUCCGAUGAAGCCCAAAAAUGUCAUGCUGUUUUACAAGUUAGUAAAUACAAUUUGGGUAUAUUUAAGUCUAUUGUUAAAGUGUUAUGAUGAAUUUUAUAUUUGUAGUCAAUGUUACCAAGGGAAUCAAAUUCAAAGGAACUGGAUAGCAGUCUGUUAGCAGUAAUUAGUUUUCCAGCAUUUUCAGUGGAUGAUCCUCAAUUAAUUCAAUUGACAAGAAAUGCUAUUGUUUCAAAUUUGAAAGGAAAAUAUGGCUGUAAACGAUUUUUAAGAGAUGGUCACAAAACUCCUUGUGAAGUAAGUUAAAUUUACCCAUAAUUGUUUUUUUUUCCAUACAUAUGUAAUAAUUAUUGAAAAACAUUUUUCAGGAUUCAAACAGGCUUCACUAUGAUUUACAUGAAUUAAGAAUUUUUGAAAAAAUUGAAUGUGAAUGGCCAUUAUUUUAUUGUUAUUUAAUACUGGAUUAUUGCUUUCAAAAUGAUAUGGAAACUGUGAAUUUCUAUGUUAAUGCAUUAGAAAAGGUUAAAAAAAAAACCUAACAUAAGUUUAAUGUAUGUAGUCAAGUUUAUUAUAAUACAUAUUUAAUGAUCAUAGAUUAUGAUAACUUCUGAGGACAAUAUUAAAUUAGUCCCUGAACUUUAUGCAGUUGAAAAUGAAAAUAUUAAAGCAGAGUUUGAAAAUCCUGGCAGUCAAAAACGUAUAGCAUUGGGUAGAUGCCCAUUUUUGUGGGCGCAAUCACUUUAUAUUCUUGGAAAACUGUUACAAGAAGUGAGAAAUAAAUAAUUAAUUUAAUUAAUUUAAAUUAUAAUGUUUUAAUAGAAUUUUCUAGCUGUUGGUGAGUUAGAUCCAUUGAAUAGACGUCUUUGUUUGGAAAAAAAACCAGAUGUUGUUGUUCAAGUAGUUAUUUUAGCAGAAGACAAUGAAAUUCGAGAUUUACUCUUGCAACAUGAUAUACAAAUACAAACAAUUAGUGAAGUUUCUCCUAUAGAAGUUCAACCUUCAACUGUUUUAAGUCAUUUAUAUACAUAUUUAGGUAAAUUGUUACAUACAAUUUGGUUUUCAAUUAAUACAUUGUAAUAUUUACAAGGGAUUUUAUUUGUUAUUUGAAAACUGUUAAUUGUUAAAAUGUUGAAUUUAAUGAAAAAAAUAUUUUUAUUAUAAUUUUCCUAUUGAUUGUAGGUCGUAAUGAAAAACUUGGUUUAUCUGGCCGAAAAUCUCGGGAUGUGGGAAUUCUCAGUACCAGUAAACUUUAUACAUUACAAGAUAAAAUAUUUGCUUUCACACCACAGGUUAGAAAAUAAAAUUUAAAAAUUUUAACUAUUCAUAUUCUAAGUUCUAUUUCUCAAUUUCAUGGCGUGCAUUUUUAUUAUUUCAACAAUUAUAAACAUUUAAUUUUAUUAAAAUUUUUAAGAUUAAAAAUAUUAUCAAACUACUAAGAUUUAGUAUAAAGAUUUAGAUUUAUACAUUAAUAAUAAUUAUUUCAAUAUAUAGCUUACAGAUCGCCAUCGAUAUUUUAUCGCAUCUGACAAUAAUUUAAUGAUUGAUUUAUUUAAGAAUGAAUUAAACUUCUUAAAAUCUAGUUGGCAAAAUUUGCUAGGCAGACCAACAGUUGUUCUUGUUAUUAAAAAACUGCAUUAUGGUAUAUAUUGUUUUAUAAAUAUUUUAUUGUGUCAAUUAAUUGUAGAUUAGCUACAUGUUUUAAUUUGUGUUUAAAUACUUGUUCCUUAACAAAGUGUGAUUUUAAGAUAACAUUUUUAUAAUGCAAAAACCAUGCAAUUGUUAAUUGUGUAUUGUUUUCUUUAUUAGUUUUCAUAAUAUACAAGUUGAUUAUUAUACAACUGGCAGGAAUAAAAAUUAUUAUUUUUGUGAAUAAAUUGUUUAUUGAAAUCUAAAUAAAUAACUAAUAUAAUAUAAUAUUGUAAUCAUUUUUAUAUAGGUACAUAUAUUUAUAUGAGGGUGGCCUCUAUUUUUGAACUUUAAAUUUUUUUGAUUUCUCAAGCUUCCAUAGUUUUCGGGUCCAUAGGAAACUAAUUUGAGUUAAAUUUGAUAAUAAAUACUCUCUCCCUUCAUGUGCUCUGAGAAAAUUUAAAAUUGCCUAAUAGGGUAUUUUUUUUUUUUUUUGAAUUUAAUUCAAAACAUUUCACUUAGCAUAAAAAUAUAUCAAAUCUUAAUUAUAGAUCUAACAACAAAAAAAAGCUAAAAUUAAAUUAAAAACACUAGAUUAUAUUGGUGCAAUAUAUUUUUAAAUAUUGGUAUAGAAUAAUAUUUAAAGAAAUAAUAAUAACAAUAAAUAAUUAAUUUUUAAAAUAUAAAAAGUAGUUAUGGUAAAUAUUACAUUUAAAUAAUAAUACUAUUACUUGUAUGUAAUUAAUAUCUCUAUUUUACGAGCACAAUUUGUUUUUUAAUCAAUUAACAUUUGUAACUAAAAUUAUUUUUGUUUUUGUCUUGUAUCAAUAAUCUCUUGUAUUAAUUUUACACAUCUUUGUGCAACAUCAUUUAUACUAGAGAACUUUGCUAAAAUACAAAUUCCUUCUUCUUUUCUUUCAUUUCAACUAUCUGAGUGAAAAUUUAAGUCAGCUGAAAUUAUAAAUCUUAAAAAACUUGAAUUUUUUUUAGUGGCAUGAGUUCGUUAAGUUAUUUUUUAAAAAUUUGUUUUAAUCCUCUUGUAUGCAUUCCAUAUUUUUUAUUAAGUUUUUCAUCAUAUGUUGAUUUUAUUUAAAUGGGAUAUAUCAAAUAUAAUAUAUCAAAUAAAUCAUUUAAUUGUUCUCUAAAUUCAUUGAUAUUUUUUGUAUGAGUUUCUGAAACAUUUUUAGCUGAUUAUUGUAAUUCUUUUACAUAUUGAUAUACAUUUUCCAAUUUUAGAAUUCAAUGCUGUUCAUUCUGUACUGGGGUCUUUGCUUUUUGCUAAAAAUAGUAGUAUUUCUUUAUAAACUUGACUUGCACUUAUAUAAAACAGUACAUUCAAAGCUUUGCCAAUAGCAAGUAUCUUCUUACUGCCAGAUAUAUAUUAUCUUGUACAAUAUUUGAUGACAUAAAGUCAUUAUUUAUAAUAAAUAUUGAUUAACAAAGCAGUUCAUUUACUUAAAAAUAGGGAAAGUAAUUAUUAAAAUAAAUAAAUGUUUAUGAAUAUAAAAAUAUUUUGAUUUGUUAUAAACUACAUAAGUAAAAAUACUAAAAAUACUGUAAUAAAUGAUAAUAUAAUAAUAUUGUUUAAUCUAAUAACUAUAAUGGAUUUAAUAAUAUUUUUUUAAAGUAGUUAAUAACAUAAUACAAUUAAAUAAUUUUUAUAUUAUAGUUAACAGUUGUAGAAUACCAUAUAAAUUCUUCUAUAUUAAUAUAAAAAAAAGUACUGUAGACCUAAUAUAUAAUCUUGACUAAUUAAUUUAAAAGAUAUAGUACAAUAUCUGUUUAUGUAGAACAUUUUAUUAUAGCAUCAAUUGGUUGACAGAUGUAUUUAAGUAAUCAUGAAACACAUUAUUUUUAAAAACAAUUAGUACUAGUAGAGUUAGUACUAUUUUAGGUAUUUUUAUUAGAAAAUAAUGAACUUAGGAAAAAUAUUAGAUGAAUGUAUGAAAGUACUUAGAUCUAUAGUUAACACUUUUUUUAAAAAAAAUAAAUUGUUUAGAAAAUUAUAUAAUUUAUACAAAUAAUGGUGUAAUAAUGGAUUUUUUUGAAACAGAUUUUACUUAAAGUACUAUAUGUGUUUUGAAUGAAAUUCAAAAGAUUUUAAAACUUCUCUGUUUGGACAAUUUCAACUUUUUUGCAGCAUGUGAAAGGAGUGAGUAGUUAUCACCAAAUUUAACACAAAUUAAUUUAUUAUAGUAAUGAACAAGGUUUGGGACUUCUUGCAUUUGCAGGUUUUUUUUGUAGCAUAGAUUAUUCUAGGUAAGCUAUACAUUUGUUUUAUGAAAUCCCAAAAUUAAAUACAAAGUUUGAAUUCGCAUAUUCUCACCUAUUUUGUCAUCUUUUAGUUAAAUUUGGAUAACAUUUAAAAAUAUUUCUUUUAAUAAAUUAUUUUGGGUAGGUAUGUUGUAACUUUAUAACUUAGUAAUCAACCUUGUUAUUGACAAUAUUUAUCUAUUUUUGAGAUUUUAAUUUCUAUAGUUAUUAUAUGUUUAAUGCAUCAAAAAUAAAGUAAAACAGCUGUCCUUGGAUAAUGGGAAUGGGUGCAGCCACUGUUCUCAGUUGGAAGUUAGGUAGGUAGAAUACAGAAGGGAAUUUAAUGUAUAUCUGUAAGUAACUAUAAACCAUUGCUAAUGAAAAACUAUUCUGAAUGCAGUUCAGUUGAUAGUGAUGCUUUGUUAACAUUAUGUAUAUCAUAUUAUAGUAAAAUAAUUAUAUUUUGUUUAAUAAUAUAUGGUCAAUAUUGAUCCAGUUUUCACCGUUUUUCAUAUUGUCUUGAACAAGUUUUGGGAAAAUCAAAAAAAUGACCUCAAUAAAGUACUAUCCCAAGAAAAUUAUUUUUUAGAAAAGGGUCUACAUUGUAUAUAUCCGAGUAAACUAUCUGGUAAAAAAAGUGUUAACAUAAAAAAAAGAAAAAGAAAAAAUAAACAUUUUUGUAAAAUUAAUACAUUUUUUGCUCCAUUUAGAAUCUAAAAUUUCCCCCAUAUUUUAAGUAUACUUUGACCAUUUUAACUGCAUAUUCUGAUCAUUUUUUGUGUAACAAGUUCUGAAUCCUAGUAAUGAAUGAUUUUGGAAGUGAGAGAAAUAAACAAUAACUAAAUAAUAAAAAAAAAACUGAGAGGGAUUCUGAUAAAAAUUGUUUAGUAAAUUAAAAUUCAAAAUUGUAUUAAUUUGUGACUUUAAAAUAAAUUAUAAUUGUUCAUGUUUUAAUAAAUAUUAUCAUAAAUUUGAACUUAAAUAGUUUAUAAAAAGUGAAUGCCAUCAACUUUUUUUACCACUUAUUAGUGGUAAAACUGUACUACUAUAAUACUAUAUUAAUGAUUAAAUAUUUCUUACUAUGAUGAAUCUUACAUUAAAUUUUGAGUGUUUUUACUAAGCUAAUAAAAUUUAAUUUAUGCAAAUUGAAAAAAGUAUGCAAAAUGAUAUGAUGUUUAUGAUUUUUAUCUAAAUCUAACUUUUCUAACACUUAAAAAAAAUAUUUUGAAUAUGGAUUUGUGAUAUUUUUGUGCUAUUAUAUUUCAAAGUAUAAAGCAUUAAAAAGCAAAAAAAUAUGUAUUUGCAUAAAACCAACAAAAAAAAAAAAAAAAAACAUUAAAGCAUUCAGAAACUAACACAUAUCUUCCUUAAUUUAAAAUCUAAUAUAAUUAAAAUCCCUAAAUAUAAUUUAAAUAUUAUUAAAAGUUCAAUAUGUAAUUUUAAUAGUCAAAAUAGUGUAAUACUAUUUUUCUUAAACUGAAAAUUUUAAUUUUUAAAGAAUCUAGUUAUUAUUUAGAAUAUUUUAAGUUUUAGAGUACAUAAAUUUAUUUAAUUUGUAUUUAUUUACUACAUACUUAAAAUUUAGUCAAUUAUGAGUGCUACCAUUAGGUGUUUUUUCAUGUUUGCAUUAGACUCUUGACUUGGAUCAAUACUAUAUGGGAAAUGAUAUUGAAUUAUUAGCAAACAAUAUUAUGAUGGACUUAGCAUUUUUGACAAUGAGUUGGAGGUACAUGUUAGGUCGUCCUACAUACACCAUAAUUGCAUCUUCUAGUUUUGUAGGUAAGGUAAUUAUAAUAUGUAUAAUAUAUGUUAUCUAUAUAUUAUUUAUUUAAAUGUAUCUAAAUUAUUUUAAAUUAUAUUUAAUAUAAACAUCAUAUCAAAUACAUACACCUAAUCAGUCAUAUUAAUGUCAUUGUCACAGGGUUUAUGUAUCUUUUUUAUAAUUAAAAUUUUGUGUGGAAAUUCAGUGCAUGGCUUUAUCACUAAUUAAUUAAUAACUACAGAAUAAAUACUAAUUAUUUAGUGAUUUAACUAACUUAUAUUAUUAUUAAUUGUGUUUAUUUUUUAAUACAUAGAUGUUGUUUAAAUUGUUUUCAGACCAAGGUAAAAUUCCAUUGGCCAUGAUAUCAACUAUAAAAAAAUUAAAGAGUGGAUACAUUAAUGGAACUAGGUAAAUAUUAUUUCUUGAAGAUAAAGAUAUUUUUCGUGCUAAAAUUAAAAUAUUUAUUUUUACAGAGUAACAUUAGGAAAUCUAAAUAAUUUUCUAAGUACAUCUUGUGUUACAAAUCUUAGUUUUUUAGGAAGUCAAGAAAUUGGAAUGCCUUAUAGUAAGUUUACUAUUAAGUAUAUUUUUUUCUAUUUAUGAAUUAAUUGUAUUUUUUAGAACUCAACUUUGAAGUGGAACAAUAUUUAAAUCAACAUACCAUAAAAAGUUUUAGUAAUCAGUCUACCUUGUUGACAAAUAUGCCAAGCAAACCUACUAAAAUGAAACGAAAAAUGUCUGUCAAAGGAGCCAUAAAAAAAACAAGAUCAUUCAUGCUUGAUGGUAAUAAUUAAUUACAUAUUCAACUAUUAUAAGACUAUAAUAGAACUUCAAAUAAACCUAAAAAAACAUUUAAGAUCUCAAAAGAAAACACCAAAAAAACCUAAAAAUAAUUUUAUAUUUAAUUAGUUACCAUUUUUUUAAACAGCUGAAGAACGCCGUAUUCAAUUAGGCGAAAUACAAGCUGCUACACAUUUAUUGGAACAACAAUCUUCAUCUACUGAAAAUAAAUUAACUGUGGACAUUAAAAGAGAUCCUCAUACCAGGUCACGCCUUCAUAGUCUAUUGAAUAAUAAUAGGUAACAAUAGUGAUUUAUUCAAUAUAACAGUUUGAGAAAACAUAUUAUUUAGAACAUGUUUACAAAUUAUAGAUAUCAUCAUUAUUUAUACUAAGUUUGGUAUAAAUAUAUGUUUUUCUAUAUUUUAAAAAUCAUGUCUGACUAUUGGUUGUUAUGUCUAGAGCAUACUGAAUUUGUGUGUAGAACAAUCUUUUAAAUUAAUUUUGAUUAAAAAUAAUUAAUUUUAUAUAUUAGUUUUACUAUGAUGUUUAUUUUUUAUACUGUGUACAAACAUUCUACCAGAAAUCUUGCUCCUAUUUAUUGAAUGUGGCAUUAUAAUUACAUUGAACUUGAUAUUAGUACUUUUUACUCACACUUUGCAGGGUAACAAUACAAAUAGUAUUUAGCAUUAGAAAGUGCAAGUGAAUAGAUAUAUAUUUUAUUUACUAAGGGCAAAUAACUUUUCCCUCCAUGACUAUUUUACUUACAUUUGUAACCAUCAGUGUCAGUGUUUAGUGAGAAUUAUCAAUAAAAUAGGAGCACAUAUUUUUGUUGAUCUUAGGAUUUGUCUAUUUACAUUUGUGCUUGCUUUUUAUAUUUAUGAAAAGUUUAAAAUGACUGAAAUAUGGAAUUAAGAAACUAAUUUGUGCAAAUAGAACUCAUGGAUGUCUGUAGGAUGUAAAUGUAAUUUAUAUACUUUCAAAAUUACUUAAAAAAUAAAGAAAAAUUAAGGUUUUGAUAUUUUUCAUACGGAAAUCAUAAAUAAAUGUGAUAACAGAACACUUUUAGUCCACUUUUAUAUCUACUUUCCACCUAUUUUGUUGUAUUCAUUACUAACCUGGUAAAAAUCAAAAAAUUAUAUGGGAAAAUAAAUAUUAAAAAUUGGCACGGGCACUGGUAAUAAAGCAGCUAGUAUCUUAUAAAAUUAAUAGCUACAUAACUUUAUAGGGGGAGUACAGAAUUAUUAUAUGCUGAGGCUGAAUUUGAUGGAAUUUUAUCAAUGUUAAGCGAAUCUGAUUUAUUAGAAGAAAAAGGAGAUAUUCUGCAAUAUUUAGUAGAUACCUUUGGCUUAGAAUAUGAUACAGGUAAGUACAGAAAAAAACAUUUUAUUUACUUAUAGUUAUCAAUAAGCUUUGCCCCUUUGCUAUUCCUAUACCAUAUAUUUAUAAACAUAUUGCAAUAGUUAAACAUUUUAUCUCUACACCGGAGCUACCAGUUCUUUUAUUUAAAAAAUAAAUCUUUAAAUAAAUAAUUAUUUAUAUUUUACUUUAAUAAUACAUUAAUAAAGUUUAAAAAUACAUUUUUCCAAGUCAAAUUAGUAUGUUUUAUGCAAAAUAAAGUAUAACAAUACUUAAAAUUUAUACUAAAAAUAAAAAAAAAAUUGUGAUAACACAACUUCUAGGAGGUUAAAUAUAAUUUAAAUUAGUUAAAUUGAUUAAUAUUGAUAUAUUAUUAUUUUAAUCAUUUGAUUAUAGGAUUACUUGAAGACAGCAAACCAGUUUUAGUAAAAGAUUUAUUAAAAUUAUUAUAUGAAAAAGCAUGCCAACAAAAUCGUUGGGGUUUGGUCAGACAUACUGCUGGAAUGUUAGGAAAACGUGUGGAAGAUUUAGCUAAAGCAUUAACAGAUUUAUUAGUGCGACAAAAACAAGUAAAUAUUUUCAAUACAUUUUUAUUAUAUAAAUAAAGGAUCUCUAUUGCUGGGUUUAGUGAUUUAAGUUAUGUAAUUUAUAGUAGAAUCUACUUUUAAAUUUUUCCUUUUUCAUUUUUGAACUGUUUACAUUAAAGGUAACUAUAGGGAUGCCUCCCUAUAAUGAACAUACAAUUUCAACACCUUUACCAGAAGGUGAAUUAAGACAAGUUAUUCAUGAUGCCUAUGGAGAUGAUGAGAGUACUGCAAUGUUGACACAGGUAAGAAUUGGUAUAAAAAAAAGAGCUGAUACUGCUGAUCGGCAUGCCACUUUUAUUUUUAUAAGUAUAUUUAUUAAUUGUCAAAAAUAUUCAAACACUAUUUAUCAAUAAUUAUGAGACAAUUUGGCAUGAAGAUGCUUGCAGUUGAUGGCUCCUGACUGGUCUGAAAAAGUAUUGUCCAUGGCUGGCACUCAUAUUUGUUUAUGUAUUAUAUCAUAUUCAUAUUAUAGUUGCAUUAUAUAAUUGCAUAAUUAUUAUCCUAUUUAUUAUUUUUUCUUUUUGACUUUUUUCAUUUUCCCAUAGCCCUUCAUUUUUUUUUUUGAUAUUGUAUCUAUUUCUUAUUUUUUCUUCAGUUCUAUGUUUUUUCCAGGUUUUCCUAUUUAUUUAAAAAAGUCUGACAUACUUUGUACAUGAGUAGUUGUAGAUGUUGUAGAUGAGAAGUUGGAAAGGUAGUAGAGGGAAAAUUGAAUGUACAUAUAUCUGUAAAGAUUGCUAACCAUUGUUAAUAAAAAACUAUACUUAGCUUAGUUUGAUUAACAGGGUUGCUUUGUCAACAAUAUAUAUACCUCACAUUAUGGUAAAAUAAUUACAUAUGCAUUGUAUAUUUUCUUUAAUAAUAUUUGUUUAAUAUUGUAUCUAUUAUCCCAUUUUUCCCUGUUUUUCCCAUUUAUUGGUAAAACUAAUGGGAAAACAGAAAAAACGUGCUAAAAUACCUUCCUAGUCCCAUUUCCUUUCAGAAAAAUUGCUAUCAUUGUAAAUUACAGCAAAAAAAUUAAGUAUUACUGCAUUAUAAAAUCAAUAUAUUUCUCUCUCCACUCAGAAUCUAAAAAACAAAUAAAAUUAUAAUAUGUUUUUUACAAUAGAUAUAUAAAUAAAAAUAAACUAGUAAAUUAAAAUUAUAUAAGUGUAUUUAUAAAUAUGAAUAUAUUAAAUUAUGUGACUUAGAAAUUGGAAAACAAUGUUGUACUAAAAAUAUAAAAUUAUUGUUACAACAUAUGGAUGUAUAAAGAUUUUAGAUUCUGAGAAUGUAUUGGUUUCACUAAGAUGCUUAAUUUUUUUAAUUUUUUUUAUACUGUGUACAAAAAUUCCACCAGAAAUCUUGCUUAGAUAUAUAAGCUCAGCACCAUUUCUGAAUGGGAAUGUUGUCCAAAUGGUACUUUUGGAAGGUAAUUUUCCAAGUGAUUUUCAUAAUAUCUGGGAAGAAUCAGAAUAAAAUGUGGAAAUCGAGAAAUUUACAAAAAUAAUGCCUUUAUUAUUUUUCAAUUUUGUUAUUUGUUGUAACUCAGUUAAAAAUAUUCGUAUAAACUUAAAAUUUAAAAGAACUCAUAUAUGACUUUUUUAUACAUGGUCAAAUUUUCAAAAAAUUUAAACCAUUUUUGAGAUAUAUUUAGAUAUUUUAAUUUUGAGAGUUUUGUAUGUAAUAUUUAUUCAGUAGGUACUCUGUGGUAAAAUUGUUAGACUUAAACAGACAUUUUUCAAAAUUUAACUGGAGGUUCAUUAAGAGUUUUACUUUGUGGUAAAAAAAAAAAUUGAGUUUAAUGUAAAAUUUUUUAUAAGGGAAAUUUAAUAUUAAAUUUUGAUGAAAAAAUUAUGUUGUGGAACAAAUCUAAUUUUUUAUUUUUUUUUUUUUUGAACAUUUGUAUAUUGCCUAUUUAAGAAUGGUGGUGAAGUCAGAAUUAAGGGGAAUGACUAAGUUUCGAGACUAUACCUUUUUGAAGUUCUAACAUUACGCAGAUAUUAUAUGUUAUGUUAAAUAACUCUAUAUUAUUUAUCUUAAAGCAUAUUUGUAGUGAUCCAAUGGUUAUUUAUGUUUAUUAUCACCCUAGAAGUUUAAACCAGUCUGUUGAAAAAAAAUAUUUUUCAUAUUUUUCCCUUUACCAAAUAAGGAAAAAAUAAAUGUAUUUUGGAUGUACCUAUAGAGAUGUAUCCAAGUCAUCACUCCCUCGGGCUAUUUUAAUUACAAAUUACCCCUCGAUUUGUUGUGCAAACUUUUUUACCAGAGAUCUUGUUCUGAUGUGUCAAGUGUAGCUUAUUUUCUGAAAGGACAUUUUAUCUCCAUGGUAAUUUACAGAAGUCAUUUAUCGAUUUUUCAAGUAGUUUUCAUAAUAUCCGGGAUAAAAUGUUUGAAAUGUAGGUAUUAGUAUAAAAGUAUUAUGGCUAUUUUUUCUGGAAACAACUUUUCUAUUAGCUAUUUCGCUCCCAUUUAAAAUGAUAGCACUUUUUCUGAUUGGAAAUCUGACUGGCAAGAUACUUUAGGAAUGUAAUUUUUCGAUUUUACCAAUAAAUGGAAAAUCAGGAAAAAACUUGGGAAAAUCGGUACAAUUUUAAACAAUUAUUAUUAAAGAAAAUAUAUAAUGCCUGUUUAAUUAUUUGACCACAAUAUUACUAUCAACUGAACUCCGCACAGAAUUGUUUUUUCAUCAGCAAUGGUUUAUUGUGGUCAAAUAAUUAAAUAGGUAUUAUAUAUUUUCUUUAAUAAUAAUUUAAUGUAUAUCUGACAUUAAAUUACCUAUAACAGUGACUGCACCUGUCUCCAUUAUUCUAGGAUGUCUUUUUUAUUUCAUAAACUUUAUUGUUGUUAAUUAAUUUUCUUUUAUAUUUUUUUUUAAUAAUUAUUAUUUUUUUUCCCUCUUCUAUUCAUUGUCAAUAUAUUUUUAUUGAUCCCUAUGUUAUAUACAAUCUUUUUCAUUUGUAUAACUUGUGGCCCUUAGUUAUAAGUUUUUAUAUGUAAUACUGCAUUUCUUGUAAUUGGAUCUAGUUCUAUAAUAAAUAAAUAAAUAUAGUAGGGAUUCUCUGGGAAGGAUCAAAAUGCAAUAAAAUAAAAGUGCCCUCCAAUGCAUUUAAUAAUUUAAAAAAAUAUAUAUUAACUACAUCAUUGUACUUCAUAUAGGAACUAAUAGUAUAUCUGGCUAUGUUUGUGAGAACUGAACCACAAUUGUUCUUAGAAAUGUUAAGACUACGAGUAGGUUUAAUUAUUCAAGUCAUGGCUGGCGAAUUAUCUAGAACAUUAAAUUGUACUGGAGAAGAAGGAUCAGAACAUUUAUUCAACUUAUCUCCAUUUGAGAUGAAAAAUCUAUUACAUCAUAUUAUGAGUGGAAAAGAAUUUAUCUUAACUAGUUGUAAGUUUAACUAAAUUAUAUAUUUAAUAAGCACCAUUAAAAAACUUCAUUAUUAUUUUUAUCUAGUUGGACGUGGUAAUUUCUCUGUAAUUAGCUACAAAUCAAGUCAUGUCAGUAAGGUAAUACAAUUUUAAUUUUUUUAUUGACAGUUAAUCACUGAGUCAUAAACUUUUAUUUUCUAGAAAAGUCAAAUUGAAGGACUAUUAUAUGGUGAUAAUGUGGAAACAAACAAUGGUGUAUUAGAAAGUUACAAACAAGGACAGUGGCUACGCAGGAGACGUUUAGAUGGAGCUUUAAACAGAGUUCCCAGAGAAUUUUAUAAAUCUGUUUGGAUUAUUUUAGAGAAGGUAAAAUUACAUUAAAUGGGUAUAAAAAUGUUUGGGUUUUAAUUUAACUCAGAACGAAGUAUACAUUUUUUAGAGAUAAAAUUUUUUUUUUAGUGUGCUGGUAUAGCAAUUGAUGGAAAACUCCUACCAAGAAAUUUGACACAAGAAGUAUGUAUUCAUAAUUUUCAUAUUCUUUGAAUAAAAUAGUUCAUUUUUUAAAAAAAUUAUAAAUUAUAUGUGUACAUUUAACAUAACAUACUUUAUUGUUAGAUGACUUCUGGAGAAUUGAAAUUUGCAUUAGCUGUAGAAACAGUACUUAAUUGGAUCCCUCAUCCAGAAUAUAGACAAUUGAUUGUUGAGACAUUAAUGAUCUUUACACUCUAUGCAGAACAAAAAAUUUCAUCAGGUCCAAACAAAAUUAUUACAAUUGAAGAUUUUGUACACAAAGCAAAUGAAUUAUUUUUACAAGAUCAAGUACUGAUAAAAUCAAUUAAAAAUAUUAUUUAUUUUAAUAAUUUUGUUUUAUUCACUUGAUAGAUAUCUGUUAAUGGAGAUGCAACUUUAUGUUGUGCAAAAACACAUAAAGAAAUGACUGAAGCUGGAACUCUGCUUUGUGGUGGGGCUGCAUACAUAUGUCAACACUUUUAUGAUAGUGCACCAAGUGGGAGUUAUGGAACCAUGUCAUAUAUAAUUAGAGCAAUUGCCUUUGUUUUAGAAGACUCAUUGGGCCUAAUUGAUGUUGAUUGUUCAAUCUCUUAA